CGCUGACAACGUGAUCGCGCCGGUGAUCACGAUCCCAUGAUCGCAUCAGCAGCGACGAAUCUGAGCCUGCCUCGAACCGUCCACUCACAGAGAUCGUUCUCGGAUCUGCUCCUCGCCUCUCCACUCGAGCCACGCACCCCCCGCCCAGAUCGAACUGCAAUGGCUGACGGCGCGAGCAACAAUGAGCGUCUCCUCGCCGCCGCGCGGUCGGACAACGAAGAACUCCUGCUCGAGGUCAUCAACUCAGACAAUUUCGACAUCAACUUUCAAGACGGAUUGGGCAACACCGCUCUGCACAACGCUGUCAAGAACGGCUCCACGGACGUCCUGGAGCACAUCCUCUCCUGCGACGGGUGCGACGUGGACCCCGUCAACCGCAUAGACAAGGCCACGCCGCUGCACCUGGCCGUGGUGAUCGACGAUCCCGAGCUGCGCAAAUACAUCGUAGACAGUCUGUUGGAGGCCGGAGCGGAUACUAGAAUAAAAGACAAGAACGGGGACACUGCUUCCGAUCUCGUGCCCGACGACGAUACCGAGGUCCAGACGCUCAUCCGCAAAGCCCGCGCGCAGGCCAGUGUCUCGCUAGACGAUGUUGCCGAUGACGAUGAUGACGAAGGAUCCGCUGGCUCUGGCUCCGACGACGACUAGAUAGGCCUGCUUGCUUGUACUAAAUCAUGGACGUAUCUUAAUGGGCAAUUUAAAUACUAUAUUCCGG